AUGACGAGUGAUGGUGUAGACGGGAAGAACGUGGAGACGAGGAACUUUGCUGAAGCGUUGAAGAUGAUCCAGGAGGGCGAAAAGACGGCGACGAGCGUCGAGCACAAGUUGGACGCCGUCGAGGGCGUGAUCAACGGCAUGCUCAGCCAGGUGAAGGACUUGACCAGCGGCAAACUGGGGAGUGCAAAGGGGGACGAACCCAGGCGGCGCGACGAUCUGCCCGAUUUCUGA